UGUGGGUGGGGGUGGGGGUGGGGGUGUGUGAUGACACUACCAAUUUUAAUGAAAUUAUGUGCAAACAUUCAUGCUCCCCAGAUGACGAACCCCACUGACUUUGGUGACCUCUGACUCUUCCUUUAGCGCCACCAGCAGGUUCAUAUUUGUGGUUGUAUGUAAAAUUUCUGAACAGCUUUUUAAAGGAUUGCCAUGAAAUCUGGUUCACAUAUUCAUGUCCCCCUCAGGAUGAAUUGUAAUCACUUUGAUGAUCCUCUGACUUUUUAUCUACUGCGAAACUCAGGUCAAAAUAUUCAUUUCCAGUACCUUUUUUCUUUUUACUAAAUACCAUGGACCCUAUAAAAGAAGUGGAUGUAGACAUUGUGACAUCACCCAUUAGUUUGUUAUGCUGUUUUGAUGCUGUGAGUUCGGCAUUUUGACCGUUGUCAUCUUAAUUUUUGGUGCCAGAAAUGUCCAUGUUUGGACCAGAGUGUCUGUAGGUCCAUAAAAAAGUCUUAAAAUGUCUUAUAUUCAAUUUAAUAAAUGUUAGGGCCUUAGACGAUAGCUCAUUCAUUCAUUUUCCAUAACCGCUUAUUGUGUUAGGGGUCGCAGAGGGGCUUGAGCCUUUCCCAGCUGACAUUGGGUGAGAGGCAGGGACUAUCACAGGGCUGACACUUAGAGACAGACAACCAUUCACUCUCACAUUCACACCUACGGACAAUUUAGAGUCACCAAUUAACCUGCAUGUCUUGGAGAAAACCAAGCUUACACGGGGAGAACACGUAAACUCCACAAGGAAGGGCUCUUCUGUGUGGCCUUAAAAGUAGUAAUUUCUAAUGUUUGAAAUCUUUAAAGGUGCUGAAUGUAACUGGGUGAAAGAUAGAUGAUUGUUGACUCUCAUUGAGUCCCACCCAAAGUGUCAUCAAAUACUGACGCUUUGGGUUGGUAGUUUGGUUAAAAAUACAUUAAAAAGGUCUAAAACAAGAAAGCUUUAAAUUUGAGCGUCUGUAGACACUGUUUGAGGAUAGAGCAUUUAAAGGGUGAGGACACAAUCUGCACACAGCCUGUCACUCAAAGCAGCCUUCAUAACAGUUAACCAGGUGGGUUAUAUAAAAAUUCACUCACCAUAUGGUUGUCAUGAACGGGGGAAUUGGCUACAGGGACCAAAACCGUUUUGGCACAAGGCUGUACACGUGUCUGUAUCUGCUGUAAAGUUGGGCAUUUUAGUUCAGUUGGUUUCAUUUUCUGGCCCCGGAGGCUGGCGCUUGCUAAAUACCUGCAAAACUAAUGACAUUCCCAUCAGCCUUAGCUUUUUAUUUUUAUUUUAGUGCUAAUUAGCAUGUAGCGGCACAGUGGUGCAGUGGAUAGCAUUGUCACCUCACAGCAAGAGGGUUCCUGGUUCAAACAUGGGAUCGGGGAGUCCCUCUGUGUGGAGUUAGCAUGUUCUCCCCGUGUCAGCGUGGGUUUCCUCCAGGUAUUCCAGCUUCCUCCCACAGUACAAAGACAUGGUGACUCUAAAUUGUUCGUAGGUGUGAAUGUGAGUGUGAAUGGUUGUCUGUUUCUUUGUGACACUUUGGUGACCUGUCCAGGGUGCACCCUGCCUCUCACCCAAUGCCAGCUGGGAUAGGCUCCAGCCCUCCUGGGACUUCUAACAGGAUCAGGAAUAUGAUUGACAUUAUACCUGCAAAACAUCAGCAUGUUAGCACUGUCAUUGUGAACAUGUUAGCAUGCUGACAGUCAGCCCAAAGCCUCAGAGUGCUGCUUGCAUGCUGCAGAUUUCUGUAUCUUCAGUAAAUGGUAUUCUCAGGGAGUUUACUGGUAGCAAAGAUGUAAUUUGCAGGUCAGAAUAUCAGGUAAACUGUAGAUGUUUUUUGUUAUAGUUGUUCUAAGAUAACAUGGUUGAGGGAGGGGGGUGUGUGGAGGGUGUUGGUGGCUGCUUUUUGUCUCCCCCUUCCAGAAGAUGUGUUUUCGCUGACUGGUUCCUUCCUGUUUCAUCAGAGACAGAAUUUGCUGACUGGUUCCUACUUGCUUAACCAGAAAUUCAAUGAAAUAGGACAAUAGGAUUCAGGCAGGAUAAGCAGCGAGACAGAAGAAGGGGGCGACGUUGAAGAGGUCAGCAAGCAACAAACUGCUGACGAUCUGGAGAGCGACAGUAGGAACACGCCAUUUCCAGGGAGCAGAUCCCAUUAAUCAGUGCGAAUCGCAGCCAACACAAACGUCCCUGCGUUCUCUCUCCAUAUGAUGCUGACCUCGGUCGUGACCUUACUGAGGACACAUCUAGGCUCGCUGCUGCUCUGGUUUGCCCAAUGGCAUCAUUUCAUCAGAUGGUAUGAAAAGGUCAUGCCCGUCACUCACCGUGCCCCCAUAGCACAGGGGGAGGGGGGGCUUCCUGUUAUUGUUCUCUGCUAUGUGGGGCCUGUUUUUCUGUUUCUACACCAUUCCUGCCUUCAGUGUACGUACACACAGGAUCAUGCAAGGUAAAACACUGAGAACACUCACCAUCAUGGAGGUCAGGCAAACCAAAACUGAUGAUUAAAUGAAUUCUGAUCUGUGGGAGCCAACUCAUCUAAAGAGAUUUUUGCUGGAAAAAUCAGAUUUGUAUUUUUAUAGACCCCCCCGGCCCCCCCGCGGAUGGUUGUAAUUCUUCUGUUGUGUAAACCAGUCGUUACAUCAGCUCUCCAGGUGGCUGGUAUCCGCCGAUCUUGCAGGUGAAGAUGCUGCGUGUGGAGGUCCUGAGCUGGUGUGGUUACUCGUGGUCUGUGAUUGUGAGCUGGUUGGAUGUACUGCCAAAUACACGGAAUAAACAUUGGAGACGUCUUAUGGUUGUGAAAUGAACAUUCAGUUCACAGGCAACAGCUCUGGUGGACAUUCCUGCAGAUAGCACGCUCCCUCGAGACCUCUGUGACAUCAUAUUGUGUGAUCAAACUGCACAUGUUAGAGUGGCCUUUUAUUGUGACAGCACACCUGUGCAGAAAUUAUGCUUUUCAAUCAGCAUCUUUUAACAAAUCUGCGACCAAAAUUUGAGAGAAACAUAUCUACUGACUGAAUUAAGCCUGAAAAAGCAAAAAAAAGUGUUCAAAUUUUUUGCUCAGUGUAGAUUUACUCAGGUACUCCCCUUAAGGGAGGGCCUGCAGGCCAAUUCUAGCCUGCGAUGGAGUGCUGGGUCUAAUUUACAAUGAAAAUAAAUUGGUUCAAACUCUGAUAUUUUUUUGUACUUUUAAUGGAAAUAAGAUGCCAGAGUGCAUAAAAAAAGCUUCAAAAUGGAGUUUGACUGUGGUCAGAGGUCCAGGCUAAUUAUUUAAAUAUUAAUUAUUUGUUGAGUAUUCUAGUGAGGCGGCACGGUGGUGUGGUGGUUAGCACUGUCGCCACACAGCAAGAGGGUUCCUGGUUCGAUACCGGGUGUGGGAGCCCUUCUGUGCAGAGUUUGCAUGUUCUCCCCGUGUCAGCGUGGGUUUCCUCCAGGUGCUCCAGCUUCUUCCCACAGUCCAAAGACAUGCAGGUUAACUGGUGACUCUAAAUUGUCUGUAGGUGUGAAUGUGAGUGUGAAUGGUUGUCUGUCUCUAUGUGUCAUCCCUGCGAUAGUCUGGUGACCUGUCCAGGGUGAACUCCGCCUCUCGCCCAAUGUCAGCUGGGGUAGGCUCCAGCCCCCCUGCGACCCUCCAGAGGAUAAGCGGUUAGAAGAUGGAUGGAUGGAUGGAUGUUCUAGUGAGAAGGAUUUAGUGGCAUCUAGCAGUGAGGUUGCAGAUUGCAAGUUGAAUUUCUCCCGUGGUCCAAGCAUGUAGGAGAACUACAGUGGCCAACACAAUACCGCGAAUGGCCCUAUCUAGAGACAGUGUUUGGUUUGUCCUUUCUGGGCUACCGUAGAAACAACAUGAUAGACUCCAUAGACAAGGACCCACUCCAUGUAAACAUAAGCGGCUCAUUCUGAGGAGGCAAAAAGAAAACAAUUGUUAUUUUCAGGUGAUUAUACACUAAAGAAAACAUAGUUAUGAAUAUUAUAUACAGUUUCUGCCAAUAUCUUCCCCUAAAUCUGACACACUGGACCCAAAAGUUUUAUUCUGUUUGGUUUCUCCCAUGAGUGCUGAAUAGAAAUUCUGAGAAACACAUUUUAUGGUUGAAAACAUUUUUUUUCCCCAACUAAAAUGAACUUCCCUUAAGCUGUGUGGGCGUCCCUGGGCCUUUACACCACUCCCCAUUACUGACUGAGGAUGUCCUGUUAGGGGUGUGUGUGUGUGUGAGAAUGAGAAAUGGGAGGGUAGACACUCGUUGCUUACUUGAUUGCUCAGAUAGCCCUCAACAUCAGAGCUGGAAGGAGUCAUCUCGUGUCUGUAGGCUCCACUCGGAACAGAAGAUAGCGAGGCCUCGGGGGGGACCUGCCCUCUUCAUCUCCAGCACACUAAUCAUCAUCAUAAUCAUCACAGCAAGACCAUGAGCGCUCACGAGCACAACCACUCACUGGACCACUAUAACGGCACGCCAUGGUUUAUCUUCGAGUGCACCCUCCACCUGGACACCGCUGCAGACUACCGGCGCAUCUGCCUCUUCCUGCUCUACCUUUUCAUCUUCAUGGUGGGCCUGCUGGAGAACGUGCUGGUUGUCUGGGUCAACUGGCGCAGACGCCACUCGGCCAACGGGGUUCUCUUCUGUAUCAUCAACGUGAGCCUGUCGGACCUGAUGGUGAUUGUGAUCCUGCCUUUCUUCAUGAUGGAGGUGACCGUGGACAAGGUUUGGCUGUGGGGCCGCUUCCUCUGUAAGGUCACCAACCUCAUCUAUGUGGUCAACUUCUACAGCAGCUCCUUCUUCCUUGCCUUCAUGACCCUGGAGCGCUACCUGUCCCUGACCAGACCCACGUUCCCUGCCCUCUUCCCUGUGGUGGGACAGCGCCGCUGGUUGCUCUGUGGAGGCCUGUGGGUGCUCUCCUUGCUCCUGGCUCUGAUGGAGAACGUCCACGUGGAUCUUCUGGAGUGGGACGAGCCGGGCUGUUACAUGAUGCCUGAGCACAACUACACAGAGUGGUUUGCCUCUGUGGCUUUCCUUUGCCUGAUCUUCCAGUUCCUGGGCCCCGCUGCCGUCAUCAUCACCUGUAACGUGCUGAUUGCUCGUGCAGUUAAAACAGCACCAGAUGUGCAGGGCCGACGGGACGUGUGGCUGGUGCACGUGUACUCCCUGGUGUUUGUCGUGUGCUGGCUGCCCUACCACCUGGUCAUGUUCCUGAUGAUCGUAGACGACCUGGACCCCUUCAUCCUCAGCUGCAACACUAUAGAAGUCCUCUACUUCUCAUUCAACGUGGUGCAGGGCGUAUCUCUGUUCCACUGCGUCGCCAACCCCAUCCUCUACAACUUUCUAAGCAAGAGCUUCCGUGACAACAUGAUCAACACUGUGAUGAACUACAUUCCUAGGGAUGCAACUAUGGUUCAGACGGGAGCAGGAACCCAGCCAAACGCUCCCAACGGAGGUGGGGGAGACCCGGGGAAGCAACGCAAGCUAAGUAACACCAGCACCAGUCAGUCUGAUGUCGGAUCAUAAAAAUGAAGCUGAGAUAAGAAAGGCGAGAGCUUCAGGAGUGAGACGUUUAAA